AUUCAACAUACACCACCAUGGCAAUGGCCACAUCCAAAACCCUCUUCUCUAUCUUCUUCAUUCCUCUCCUCUUCUCCACCCUUGUCACCGCCAAAGACCCUCGUUUCGAUCGAAGCCUGUCUCCAAAAUCACUGGGCCUCCGCAAGGAGAAGCUUAGCCACCUCCACUUUUACUUCCACGACAUUCUCAGCGGCCAAAACCCCACCGCUGUUAGGGUGGCCCAAGCUGCAAUGACGGCCACGUCCCCCACGUUAUUCGGAGCUGUAAUGAUGGCCGAUGACCCCUUAACCGUUGGGCCUGAGCCCAACUCCAAGGUCAUAGGAAAAGCCCAGGGGAUUUAUGCGUCUGCGUCGCAAAAUGAUCUUGGGCUAUUGAUGGUGUUGAACUUUGCAUUCAUGGAAGGGAAGUACAAUGGGAGCACAGUGAGCUUGUUGGGGCGGAAUGCGGUGUUUUCCGGCGUGAGGGAGAUGUCGAUCGUGGGAGGGAGCGGGGUUUUCCGAUUUGCACGUGGAUACGCUCAGGCCAAGACUUUCUGGCUUAACACCACCUCCGGCGAUGCUAUUGUCGAAUAUAAUGUCUACGUUUUGCAUUAUUAAUUAAUUAAAUAACUUUCAUGGAAUAAUAAGAGAGUCGUUACUCUAUGGAAAAAGGAAAAACAAAAUUUGAUGGUUAUUUGUAAAGUAUGCAUGGUCUAUGUUUGGGGUGGCUAGAACGGCUAUGGUUGCAGUAUAUAUAUGCUAUGUAAAUUUCAUGUAUAUUGGUCGUAAGAUCACUACAAAAUUCUUGCUUGUUUGUGGAA